AUGGCUGAAUUGAAGUUUGAGAAUGCUAACGAACGGAAGGUGUUUGAGGAAGUUUUCGAAGAGUUACCACAGCUCAUUAAAACUAAGUGUAAAGGUUAUGAUGAGCUAUACGGCUACAAAUUGAACUUCAAGGAUGAAGAUCAACAAGUUGUUAAGAAAUACUACGAUGAAGAAAUUGCAAAACAUUUGAUCUUUAAGAUCUGUAAGGCCUUUCAAUUCAAUAAGGAUCAAGUUACUCAGAGAAUUGUGGAUGUCUUGAAUUGGAGACGAGAAUUUAACCCAUUGAGCGCAGCCUUCCUCGAAACUCAUAACCCAGAAUUGGAAGAAGUUGGUGUGAUCACUCAAUAUCCUGAAGAAUCACCCAAUAAACGUGUCGUUACUUGGAAUCUCUAUGGUCAAUUGGUCAAAAGAAAGGAAUUAUUUAAAGAUGCUGAUAAAUUCAUUCGUUACAGAAUUGGGCUGAUGGAAAAAGGUCUUAGACUAUUACAAUUUCAAAGUGAUGACAACAAUUAUAUGACUCAAGUCCAUGAUUACAAAGGUGUUUCUGUGUUUAGAAUGGAUGGUAAUAUUAAAAAGUGCACAAAACAAGUUAUUUCCAUCUUCCAACAGUACUAUCCAGAAUUACUAUGGGCCAAAUAUUUCGUCAAUGUACCAGCUGUAUUUAGCUGGGUGUAUGGUGUGGUAAAGCAGUUUGUCGAUGAACAGACUAUGAGUAAAUUUGUUGUUUUAAGUGAUGGUAAGAAAUUAAGCCAAUAUUUGAAAUCUGCCCCCAGUGAUUAUGGUGGUAAGCAACAAGGAUUGAAAGAACAGAAUAUCCAAAACGUAAGACCUACGGAAUAUGGAUUGUAUCUGUUAGAAAAGCAGAACAACGAAGAUAUCGAUUAA